AGUCCCUCUCUUCCUUCUUUCUGCGGUGCUCAGAAUGUCACUCGUCGCAUCUCAUCUUCCCACACUUUCCUCUUCUCCUCACUUUGUCCCCUUCAUCCAAACUUACCAACAGCAUCUGAAUGCGACGCCGUACCUGCAGCAAGCACGUUGGCGGCGCUUAGAUUUGAAUAUUUUCAAUUUUGUGUCUCUAAGAAAGUCGUGAUUCAUAACGACUUUUUCUUCUACCAUUCAGCACCAGAAUCAAGGUCCACGAUCCAAUUCAUCCAAUCCGGUGAUCUCAUAGCGCAUAUCAGACCACGUCCUCAUUACCUCACUUGGCCCUGCAGCUCUCGUUCUCCUGACCCCCCCUUUCUGUGAUCCCCGGCUCUUCGGCUUUGAUAAUUUGUUUCGAUUUCGUGUUUAUAGUUGGUAACGAGAAAAUCGUUGCCUUGAGUUUGAGCUUCCAAGAUAAGAUACUGGGCAAAACCCGUUGUCAACUGACACGCAGACGGGCCAUCGCAGAAGAGUAGGGGCCACCUGCAGUCUUCCUACGCCCGCUCCUACUUCCAUCCAUCCCGUGGCUUCGCAACUCACAAAGGCGGCGAGGGCAAGGCCUCAUUCAAUUUUUCUUCUCUUGCCUCCUCAACCAAACACGAGUCAACGUGAUAUCACGAGGCAUUGUCCAAGCUUUUCCUCGUCUUCCAUUCCCUGACACCACUCGUCUCCUCACCUUGAAGAAUCAUCACCUGCUCGAGUUGCUCACCUUGUUUCCUCAAACGUAACUGGCUCUUCACCCCACGCCCAGUCUCAUAACCCUUCCCCGCCCCCAGUCGGCUUCCUUGUCUGUUUGUCUCACAUGAGGCCGUCAAGUACAGUACAUACAUCACCACCCUCGUCAACCUCCUGCAGAGACCCGCGCUGACGGGGCCUCCUCCAUUGUCCAGGUACCUCAACCAAGCUUGACCUUGUCUUCCAUUCUGCAGGUUGCCUGCCAACACGAAUCUCUCAGGGCCCUCGAUCCCUCAUACUCUACCGUCUCACCCGGGGUGUCCACGUUUAAGCUGUUGCUAUAGCUCCACUACUCUUUCGAUCCCGACCUCCUACUCACGACCGCCUUUCUGUCUGCCUGUCUGACCUGAUCAAGGAGGUGUACCAAGACUAUAUCUUGCCGCCCAGCCGCAGUCUUGUUCAUCCUCCUCACUUCCUUCACAUUCAUCCGUAGUUGUUUCACUUGAGCUCUCUUUCUCUUCACGUCACAGAGAGAGCUUAUUCUUUUUUAUUCAGCAUCACAUUGCUACCCCGCCUUUACAACCAAUACCCCGCCAAUUGCUGCAAUUGCUGCCAUCAUGAGUUCCAACAAGCCUACCCGCAAGUUUUCCACGGGCGCUACGUCGCACCGCAAGAGGCAGAUGAGCCUUCUCGUCGAGAAGGAUGGUCACGUCAAUGCUCCUCUCCAGGUAAGUUUGCUCUUAAUCUCCCGUGCUUCCCGUUUUCAUCGUAUCAUGUAUCCCUCAUGACAACUUGCGUCAUAGCAAUUGGAGCUCUUAGGACCCCUGCAUUAUGGAGACCGAGGUCAAUCUCGUCUUUAGCACAUGAAGCGACUAACACAGCUCAAUCGUAGACUCUGUACCUUGGAAUCUCUGCCGUUUUCGCCGAUGACCAUACCGCCGUGAUUGCACUUGCUAUCCACGACACCGUCUAUCUCAAUGAUUUCUCCAUCAAGCACAUCUCCCUCGAUGAGGAUAUGCGUGAGGGCCAGGAUCUCAUUGCUGAUCACAUCAUCAACGAGGUUGAGACUUAUGAGCAUGAGAACUUUGUCAAGUUCAUUGGAGCUGGUCUCCCCGUCACGCUCAAGUACAUGAGUCCUUCUCUGUGCUCCCGCCUUUGGCUUGACCUCGAUAUUGUACCUGUUGUGCUCCGACCCGACCACGAAGCCAAGGAGAAGAACUUCUGGGAUGUCAAGCGCGUCGAUGAGCAAGCAGAUUCCAUGGCCCGAAAGUGUAUUCUUAACUUUGGACCCUCUCUCGUCCCUCAUCUGCAGGUCGGCUACCGCGGCAUUGUUCAGACAGACGCCGGUUUCCGUGUUCAUCUCACCAACCUCCAAAACCACAAGGACACCUGCUCCAGUGCGACAUGGGGUGCCAUGCAGUUCUAUGCCAACAAGCUCCGCGAGAAGAAGACGAAGAUUGCAUUCUUCAGUGCUACUCCCCAGGGUGGUGGUGUUGCUCUCAUGCGUCACGCUCUUGUCCGUCUCAGCCGUCUCUUGGGUGUUGAUGUGACCUGGUAUGUCCCCAAGCCACGACCUGGCGUUUUCCGAAUCACGAAGAAUCAGCACAACAUUCUCCAGGGCGUCAGUCACCCUGACCAGCGCAUUUCGGACGCGGAGAAGGCUGCUAUCAGCGACUGGAUUGAGGACAAUGCCAAGCGAUACUGGCUCUCUGAGGGUGGUCCUCUCCGUCCCCCGGAGGAGGGUGGUGCCGAUGUCAUCAUUAUCGAUGACCCUCAGAUGCCCGGCCUCGUCCCCAUGAUCAAGAGACUCACACCUGAUCGCCCUGUUCUUUACCGGUCUCACAUCCAGAUCCGAAGCGACCUCGUGGCCAACGAGGGUUCUCCCCAAAAUGACAUCUGGAACUAUCUCUGGAGCAACAUCAAAGAUUCCGAUCUGUUCAUCAGCCACCCUAUCCCCAAAUUUGUUCCUCACACGGUUCCCAAGGAGAAGGUUGUUUACCUGCCCGCUACUACCGACUGGAUUGACGGCCUCAACAAGCACAUGAACAAGUGGGAUACUGGCUACUACGCUCAUAUCUAUAACCAACAGUGCCGAAACCAGCGAAUGACCGAGCUCGAUUGGCCCAACCGCAAAUACAUUGCUCAAGUUGCUCGAUUCGACCCUGCCAAGGGUAUUCCCACUGUCAUCGACUCAUAUGCUGAGUUCCGUCGCCGUUGUGACGAGGCCAACAUUUCUGAUGUUCCCCAGCUCGUCGUCUGCGGUAACGGAUCCAUUGAUGACCCAGAUGGUGCAAUCAUCUUUGAUCAGACUAUGGCCCAACUUGAAGAUCAUUACCCUCACCUCCUUGACGAUGUCAGCGUCAUGCGCCUGGACGCCAAUGACCAGCUUCUCAACAUGGUCAUCGCCAAUGCCCACGUUAUUCUCCAGCUGUCCACUCGUGAGGGAUUCGAAAUCAAGGUCUCUGAGGCUCUUCAUGCCGGAGUUCCUGUGAUUGUCUCCAAUGAAGGCGGUAUCCCUCUUCAGGUCAAGGACAAGGUCAAUGGCUACCUCGUUACCCCUGGCGACUACAAGACCGUUGCUGGACAUCUCAUGGACCUGUACACCGAUCAUGAGCUCCAUUCCAGGAUGUCUCGUGAGGCUAAGAACGGUGUCAGUGACGAGGUCGGCACUGUCGGAAACGCCCUUGGCUGGUUCUACUUAGCUGCUAAGUGCCAGGAGCUGGGUUGCAACCCUGGUCUCAAAGGCGAUGAGAAGUGGGUAAACGAUAUGGCUCGUGAAGAGGCUGGUUUUCCUUACACUGAGGGCGAGAAUCGUCUUCCUCGCCACUACACGCAGCGAAAGGAAGAGGAGACGGUCCAGGAAAACGGCGAGUAAUGUUCUAAGCACCGUUGCUUCUUGUGUUAGAUUCCAUUUUAUCCAAAAAUUCUGGGGUAAGAAAAAAGAACGAGGAUAGACGCUUAUGUGUUUGAGGUCAAAGGAUUGUUAGAAAUGUUGUUCAUGACUACGACGGGCUUAUGUAUGAAAUGUCGGACCACAUGGUCGGGAACGAAUUCUACUUAUAUUCAGUAUCAGAUUUAUGUUGAGCUUAUGAAAUACCAUUAUCUUAUGUGUAUAAGCAUUGACCGGUGCCGUUAUCUCUUGACUUUAUGGUGAGUGCGAAGGCCUAUAUACCUUUAAGAUGUGAACUCUUGCCAACCCUUUGACGGUCUGCUGACUGUGACAGUCUGCACAGCAUCACACACCAUUCCAUUAUUUCCAUUAAUUCCUGGAUGGUCAUAUAGGAGAUUGAUGCCCAAUCUAUGCUACAGUUUCAUGCGUUGGCGUGGUCUUUUCUAUCAUAUUCAACCAACAUCACACAAGGUCGGUACUUGGUAGGUAAUCACAGCCAUACAUACCCUUUGGCUUUCAUUACC